AUUCAGCUGUCUGCGAUAAAUAUACCAUCUCCAUUUGACUUUAUCGUGAGCUUUUUAUUGCGAAAUUGUAUUUGUAAAUAAAUACAACACCUUACCAGCUGGGCACAAAGGAAGAAGAAAUUAUAUCAAAUCAACCGGGUAGCAAAAUGGAGUCAAAAUCAAGUGUAUUGGCAAUUGGAGACGAGACCAGCGAGCCUACAGAAAGUCCGCCGUGUCUUACGCACAACGAAUACACCUUUAAGGAGGAAUUUAAGAACCACAUACAGAAGUUACUACUACCGGACGCUCCUCAACUGGCAACUAGAGCAGAUGACGAUAAAAUCGAAAAAUUUUGUGCAACAGUAAUGACGAAAAAUGGGAAACAAUACUAUGAAUUCGGUCGAGAUGAAUCUAGACAUGGACAUAUCAUAUCUGGACCAACGUUGGACCCCAAAGGGGUUACACUAUUAGUAAAGAAUCGCUUAAGCAAAGAACACUGGGUAAAUGAAACAGUAAUAGAGUCUAAAAUGCAAUGGAGAGAAGUCCAGGAAAUAGUUUCGGAUUGUCUCGAUGAGCAAAACCAUAAAAUAUAUCAUUAUUUGUGUUAUUUGCAGGAAAAUCGUAAAUGAUAAUAUAUUGUUUGACUGUUAUAUUUAAA